AUGACAGCUUCGCCGAGGUUUCUUAAUAAGGCUCGGCGCUUUGUUGAUUAUAAAAGGCUACGGAUUUGUGGAGGAAGAGGAGGAGAUGGUGCAAUAUCAUUUGCUCGGACAUCUCGAGUACCAUUUGGACCUGCAGAUGGAGGCUCCGGAGGCAACGGCGGCAACAUACACGUAUCAGCUUCCAAAGAACUCACAUCUCUGCACGGCAUUCAGACCACAUAUGUUGGCAACAAUGGCGAAGCAGGACGAGGAAGUGGAAGACAUGGGUCUGCUGGUGCUGAUAUAGGACUAGUCGUACCAAUAGGCACAACAGUAAAAGAGAUUGAUCCUCCUGAAUGGUAUACCAGUCCAUCCAGUAAGAAAGUCGAUGUCAAGAGUAUCUUGAAUCCAUCAUCGCCGGCCGAGUAUACGAACGAGUAUAGAAGACGCAGUGCUAGUAUAUCUGUAGAUGGAUUGGAUGAACUCAGUGAAGCAGAGUACGAGAUGACGCCGCAAGUACAGCUAGCUCGACAAUUGUAUAAAUUCCGUCAUGAUUACUUCCCACGCCCUGAUCGAUUGAAGUAUAUAUUGGAACGGGCUCCGCAAUGGAUGCCGCCGCCACCGAAAAUUGAAUUGGAUUUAAUGGUGGACGGUGAACGACAUGUACUAGCUCGAGGUGGUCGUGGAGGAGCAGGAAACCCGACAUUUGUAUCGGCAGAGAUGCGAGGGCCUGGAAUGGCAGGGCGAGGAGAAGACGGUUACGAAACGUUUAUAGAACUAGAACUGAAGACUAUAGCAGACUGUGGACUAGUAGGGAUACCUAACGCAGGAAAAUCCAGUCUUCUAGCCGCUAUAUCCAACGCCCACCCGAAAAUCGCUGCAUACCCAUUCACCACCCUAAACCCAUACAUCGGAACGGUGCAGUGGCCAGACUCGUGGUCUCUCACCGUAGCAGACAUACCCGGACUAAUCGCAGGUGCUCAUCUCAACAAAGGGCUAGGCCACAACUUUUUACGACACAUUGAACGAGCACGGGUACUCGUCUAUGUUAUCGAUGCUUCUGGGAAUGCACCUUGGGAUGAUUUGGCUACGCUGCGGUUUGAACUCGAGGCGUAUAGAUCUGGAUUGACCGAUAAGCCCAGUGUUGUGAUUGCCAAUAAGGCGGAUCUUGAUGCCGCGCAGAGUAAUAUGGAGGAGCUGAGGAGUCGAGCGGGAUGUACUGUGGUUGAGUGCUCUGCACUUGAACGACGGAAUGUGGAACAAGUCACAGGGGUAUUGCGGGAACUUGUAUCAGCAAUCACCAAAAAGAAGGAGGAGGAGCAGGAGGAGGAGAAUGUAAAUAAUAACAAUACUAGCCACUUGUAA